AUGUCACCCUUCCUAAAUGACGAAGAGGCCAGGAAGAUCCUGCAGGUGCUGGAGAGGAAUGAGGAGCUGAAGAGGGCGGAGAAGGAGAGGAUCAGCAAGCUCCAGAAGACAAAGAGGGAUAUCAGAUGGCUUCAAGGAGUGACUGGUGAAUGGUUUGAAGAAAUUCAAAGAAAAAAGUUUUGCAAUGAAACAGAUGUUAGCCAAAUGUUAAAACAACCCCUUACAUACAGGCUGAGGAAGGGGAUGGCAGAAAAUGAUCCUCUGGAAUUACAAACAUCCAGAUCUAAAAGCAUACCUACACCGAGAGACCCAACACCCGUUCCUUCCCGGCUGAGCUUCAGAUCCUCCUUUGCUUCUCUGUUCUCAUUCAGAAAACCCAGGAAGGACAUUUGGAAGCUUCAGGGGCCGGGACCGAAAGGGUGUGACCGCCAUGCAGGACCGCCUGUGUCUGUGAGGGGAGCUGCUGCGCAGGCAAAACGAUAUAAUUCACCUCCGGAAAACCGACCAGUGGGCAGUGCGUUUGUCCCCAGGCCAGCAGGCAUGAGGGAGGGAAGCCAUGUGCCUCCGUGGGAUACUUCUGCGCUGGACAAUGAGUUCUUCCGAGUUUUAGAUGACUUGGACAGCACUCUGGCUCAGGAACAGUCUUCAAGCUCAGUGAAUACAAGAACGCCUCUCGACUAUGGGUCAAGAACACAGUUCAGUCAUUUUUACUCCAGUGGGAACCAACAUGGUAAUACCACAGGAAGGCACAAGAACCGCUCUAAUGAAGCUUCUAACAUGUCCAUCUAUGACAUCCUCAGACCAGGAGCCCCUAGAGAAGGUUUUAGAACCUUUUCUCCUAGAACAAGGUCGAUCUAUGAUAUGUACAGAACAAGGGAGCCCAGGGUUUUUAAAGAAGAUUAUGCACAAAAGAAUGCUUUUGGCAGCACUUCUCUGUGUUUUGACAGCAGGCAACGAUUAGCCUCCCCAGCUACAGGGCGUUUCACGACAAGAAGCAUACAUUUUCCAGCCACUACUCAGAACAAGAGUGGAUUUAUAGCACCACGCCACCAGCAGAGCCCAAAGAGAACUCCUUUAUCAUCCAUCAUAUGGAAUAGACCAGAUUCUUCUAGAGAGAGGCCGACCCAGGAAGAGUUCCCGAGGGCACCGUCACCAAUGGAAACUGACCCUGCUGACCAGUAUAUGUAUCCCAGGUGUUUUCAGGAGAAUAGGAGAUAUGAAUUUUAUCAUUCACAGAAUAUUUACCAAAAUGUAAGUUUAAAUUCCUCCAUGGAUAGCACAGUGAGUCCUGACCCAUUUGAGAACUCAGAGAACAUGCCAUUCUACCAUCAAGACAACCCAUUUGCGAGGUCUUUUUUUAGCAAUACCUUUGGACGAAGCAGGCAACAGAGAUUUAGACAAAGUCCUUUUGGGGUCCAACAGGAAGAAUAUUCUCCCUGGUCUGGCUUUCGUCAAAGUAGGAAACCUUUCGCUUCUGACAGAGACUUUGAAAUGACUUCCCCUGAGGCAAAUUGUGCCUCAGCUGGCCAUGGCCAUCAUGUUUCUUCCCAACACUGGGCAUCAUUUUCACCUAGUUACAGAACAAGUAUUUCCAGAGACCAAGAAGAGCCAUAUCCCUGGCAGUUUGGUCCUUAUACAUCUACACGGGAGAGCAUGGAGGUGUCACAAGGUAGUGGAAACCAGAUGGCUCAUUUUGGCAUACCAAAUAUUUGCUCCACCAAAUCUAGGAGGUUAGAAUGUCAACAGGGCAGUUCUCCUGCAGAAGUACGUGUAAACAAAGAACCUUACUCAUUUGGAACUGCUUCGACUCUGGCAUCCUCCUCAUUCAGAAGUUCCUUCCCCCAAAUUCCUGAUGACAAAGGGAAUCGUCAGGGUCCCAACUUUCAGGAUCCCACAGUCACUUGGCGGAAAAUGAAGCCUGCCUCUCUUCUAAUAAGAAGCUACACAGAAGUCACUGUGACCAACAGCGAUUCAGUUGAUUCUCCACCUCUUAUUCAAAGCCAACCCAAUACCUUGGCCACAGAAGUGAAUGAAGAUAAGCAAGACUUGAAUAGAUCUAUUUUGGAAAAAGACAAACAACUGAACAAGAUGAGCCAUACAAACACAACAAGUGAAAUGCCCCAACCUGUUUCGGAGACAAUAAUCUCUAAUCCUUUAGCUGAUGUUCAGAGUCCCCUCUCCCAGGACUCAGCUAAAACCAAUGGAUUUGUUCUUAAUGCAUCUACCACAGAAAGUUCAAAAAAUUCACCCCACAUCAUUUCUGGGAAAGAUGUUUCUGAAAUUCAUAUAUCACAGAGAGGUAAGGCCAACGAACCAAAGAAAGAUAAAAGUUACACCGAAAACAGAAAACUUGGCCCAGCAACUUCCUUUCCUUUGAUUCAGGACAGCAGAAUACCAUCAUUGUUUCCCAGCCCAAGUGAAGGUGGUCACCAGGCACUAACAGUCAGUAAUGAAGAUAUCUCAAGCACUAUUGAAAGUAGCCAGUGGAGCCCUGAAUCUACUGGUGAUCAAAAUGCACCGUCGCCAGAAAUGUCGGCUAUUUUAGAUACCAAGGAAGAACAAUGUACCGACACUCAUUCUACCAAUGGUAGCAGGUCAACUGCUGGCCACAAUAUCCCGCGUGAUUCUUUAGGUCUGCCAUCAGGUACAGAACCAGAUCGUUCACCAUCAAAUCAUUUUUUCCUUGAUGCUCUGAGAGUUCCUUCUACAUCAGUGUUCUCCGGGAAAGGUCUUUCGGGCAAAGAUCUGUCUCUGGGAGAUAAAGAAAACGAAGACAGUAAUAGCAAGCAUCAAAAUAAUCAGUUUACCCUGAGCCCUUCAGAGAAUGAAUGCAGUGAAGCUGGUUUUAUGUCUAUACACAACGAAGCGGUUGGUGUCAAACGCCAUUCACCGUCUCCUUUCAGGGCUGGGAAGGGGAGAGGAAAAGUAAGACGGCGUAUAUCCUAUCUUGAAAGGUUGAGCAAAAUAGAAAGUAAACCAGCGCCCACACGCGGCAGCAGUAGCCUCGCUGAGGUGAAUCCAAGUGAUUCCAAGCCUCCUGAGCUUCACACAACUUACGGCAGCUUACCAAGAACGGCAGCCAGUUCCCUCAUGAGUAGCAGGAAGUCAGAAAGUAAGACAAUGGCGCCUUCCUUGAGGAAUAAGCCACUUCCACGCCAGUCUGAAACGAAUGCAGACGGUCCGAUAGGAAGAGGCACGUCCAACAAAUCCAGCCCCAGCUCUUCAGAGUCAGAAAGCAGAUGUUCCAAAGUAGUUUCAGACUCGGCCUCAGCUGGGCCUGAAGCCACAGAGAGAAUGACAAACACUGGAGCUGCAUUCAUUAGAAGAAGACCCAUUCCAUUCCUCAUCAAGAGGGCUGUGUCAUGUCCUUUAGGGGUACCAUCCACCUCGCUUGGAAAAGAUGAAAGAGAAAAAUGCUUGAUCACAGACAUGGAUGCUUCUGCUGUAACACCAAGACCUUGGGAGAAAACCAUUAACCCUCUGGAAAGUGACUCGUCUGCUAGGGAUUGUUCUUUAACCAAAAGACACCACCAAAAGGACCACUGCCAAGAAGGCAUUGAAAAGGCUGGUAAAAUCACUGCCUCCAAGACAGGUACAUUUCCCCUUUCAAAUGAAGACCCUUUACCUUUUUCUUCAGACAUGUCAGGGGGGGAAAGUGGGGAAACAUUACAUAAAGUUAAGACUACUACAAGUAUGUUUUCUGUUUCUGGUGAUGAAGAGAAUGUCAAGUGUCUUGAGAUAGUUUCAAUAUAUUACACUCUACCAAGGAAACACAGCAAAAAAUUCUGUAGCCUCCUCCAAAAGUACACUGAAAAUAUCGACUCACUCACAGAAACAAGUAAAGUGGCAUCUGAAACAUGCCCUAAUAGUUUAGAAAAAGAGAAUCUAAAUUAUUCUACACUAGAGCAGUCAGGAACAACGACAUCUGAAGACCUAACAUCUCAGGGAAACAGCCUCUGCCUCUCUCACAUUGAGAAUGAGACUGUUUUACAGUUACCAAGUGUUGGGCCCUCAGAGCCUACACUACGGAAAAUGGCUUCUAUUGAGGUAGAUGUUUCUCUUCAUAAAGGAGAAUCUAAAACUAAAGAGAUUUCCCCGGAUAAUUUAGCUAAAACACCUUUAGGCGAUUCACAAAGCAAGAAAAAGAGGCGGGGAAAGUUGCAAAGUGAAACCCUGCAUACUUCAUCAAUGCUUCCGGAGAAAAAAGUCACAGAAGAGAAAUCUGAAAAUUGUCAGCACUCCAUUAAAUCUGCUAAUAAUGGUCCUUCUAAUCCUCCAGCCCGUUCAGAAGGGCACGUCAAAAAUCUGAAAACCAGACGUUCUGGAGAGUGUGCAAGUGGUGGUACAGCCAUCCCACCUACUGGAAGCUCAAAGUGUCUUCAGAAAGCCAUCACAGGCAUCCCUAACGAUGACUGCUCCGAAGGAUUGCAGCCUAGGAGAGUCAGAGGAGCAGAUUUCCAAGAAGAGACUGAUAAAGCCCUUUCUGACUCAGAAAGCCAAGUCUUUGCUCUUACUCCAGCUUUGUAUAAACUACAUCUUGAUGAGGAGACUCAUUCAAGAGAACGAGAUUUAGACAGUUUGCAGUCGGAACCCAGAGAACUACCUCCAAGAAGUCAGGAGGUAACUCUGACAAAGAAGGGGAAGGCUAACGAUGGAACGCAGGGGUUGGCCUGGGAUCAACUCUCACUUCCUGCAGGAAGCAAUAAAAACAAAACCAGUUUGGAUGACCCAGAAAAAGGGAAAAGCAGAUCUUCAGUUAAACACAGAUUGGCAACCAUGUCCAGAGCAGGCAGAAAAUUUCCAGCUAAAGAUGGAAGCCCCAGAAGACACAUAGCUACUAUCUUCCCCCCAAGUGAGACCUGCUCUGGCUUCGGUGGUUUGUCUCUCGCUCCCCCAGACUGCAAUCCACUGUCCCCUGAGCCUACUCCAAAGUCCACAGAAUCCAAAGAUGAAAGCAAGUUGCAUAAUGAGGGGAUGGAUGUGGAGAAAUCUGAGGACCCUUUCCAGAUUACUAUAACAUCCAACAGAGAAGCUCCGACGCCCUUAAGCAAUCUGAAGUCUAACAGCAUUUCACAACCACGUCAGAAUGAGUUUAGAAAUGUCUCAGAAUCAUCACCAAGGUAUGAGACUUCUAAAGAUGUCACAGCAGUUCAGAGUUUGGAAAGAGAGUCAGGAGCCCUAGCCCAAGCCACCUUCCUGAGCCUCAGAGAAGCUCAUUUCUCCAGCCAUCCAAGGAAGCUGACCCCUCCUCUCCCAUUGGAGCCUGCGGAGAAAUCCACAGGAAGCAUCCCACUGGCCAUUUGUCAGCAACAACAAAGGAGCACUGCCUGUCAGGAGUGGGGACCUGAGCCACACCCCUAUCGCUCAAAGAGUCUAAAAAAUAUCCACAUGCACGGCAACCUGCUACGCAAAAGUCACCCUCCCAAAGCCAGGGAGCGCCAUUUUUCUGAAACCACGUCUAUUGACCACGCCCUGAGCCGCCUGACCCUUGGGAAUGAGUUCCCUAACAACAGUGAGUGUGAUCGAAGAUUCAAAUCUUUUUCUGGACGUUCCUCCUGUGAUGAAAAUGGAAGCUGGGCUUUGCAGAGUGGCAGGACGGAAACGGGUCCCAAGUCAGCAACCUCUAUAUCCAGACCCAUUGACUACGGGAUAUUUGGGAAAGAACAGCAGUUGGCUUUCUUGGAGAAUGUAAAGAGGUCGCUCACACAGGGAAGGCUAUGGAAACCAAGUUUUCUGAAGAACCCUGGCUUCCUGAAAGAUGGUAUAGUUCACCCUCCUGAGUCAUCGAGCUCAGAUUCUUCCAGCAAUGUGAUGCCAGAAGGUGGCCUAUCUCCAAAUGUUCCACUUAAUAUCUAUGAAGAGGAUCCGGUGGACUCAGAUUGUGACACAGACACAACCACAGAUGAUGAGUACUACCUGGAUGAAAAUGACAAAGAGUCAGAACUGUGA